UUUAAAUUUGAUUUUCAUUUAGAUGAUUAUUCAUUAAUUCUAAAGAAUUAUUAUAUAAAUUGAUGAAAUAAGUUUGUAAUUUAUACCAAUAGGGUAGAUGUGAGAAAGGGAGAAAAUGCAAAUAUAUGCAUAUGGAGGAGAAGAUUGAGAAACCAAUAGAAUAGGAAUAGAAACAAGGAAAGAUUUAGGUUUAAGCACAGAAGGUGCAUUAUCCAAAAAUAUUUAAGUGGACAGAUUUAUCAAAAUUGGGAGAUUCAUAGGAAAUACUAUAAUAUAAUUAAGAAUUAUUGGGAGGGGAGUUUUUAAAAAUAGCAAAAGAUUUAAAGAAUGAAAAGGAGAAAGACAUAAUGCAAUUAUUUCGAAAAUAUUAAUAAAGCAUAAAAUUGUUACCAUAAGCUUAAUGCAAAUUUUUAGAAUAUUUAAGAAUGAAUGAAGAAUUUUAAAUGAUAUUUCGAUUUGUACCUUCAAUUGAUAGAAAAGAAUUAGAAUUUAAGGAAUAGGUGAAAGAAAGAUAUUUUGAAAUUCUUAUAUAAAUAGAUAAGAGUUAUCCGAAAUCAUCAGUUAUAAUUUUGAAUUAAUCAUUGUCAGAAUAAUUUAAAGAGGGAUUAUAAAAUAGGAUGAGUGAUGAAAUUAAUAAAUAAAAUGGAUUGUUUUAAGGAAUGAGAUAUAUAGAAACACAUUUUGAUGAAGUUGUUUAAGGUUUAUGA